AUGGAUACCGUGCUUGUAGUCAUUCCGCUCACGGUUCUCUUCACCUACCUGCUCCUGGGCAGGCAAAAUCAAGGCAACAAUCGAUCGGAGGUACAGGCGCAUACCUCAUCGCAGCGCUUCAUGCCACCAAGCACAGAAGACGCCAAUGGUGGUGCACAACGGGCGACCGCGUCCAGAAGGAGUGGUCAUGUCCGCAUGCCAAGUGCUCCAGUGGCUUCAUCCUCAACGAGUUCCCCUCCCAAUGCAGGCGCCGAAGUGCCUAUGGAGGUGGAUCCGAUGGAGCCCCACGAAGUGUACCACGCCGAUGAUCGUGCUGCACUUGUGCUCGCAUCACCCGCCUCUGCCCCCGUUCGCGCCGGCAUCGCUGCAGUUCCUGCCUGCGCGAGUCCCGUUCCUGCUCCCGCAGCUCCUGCUCCCGCUCCUGCCCGCGCGACGCCCGCUCCUUCUCGCGUGACCCCUGCUCCCUCUCGCGCGACGCCUGCUCCCUCUCGCGCAACGGCCGCUCCCUCUCGUGCGACACCUGUCCCCUUUUGGGAUCGAGCCACUCCUGCCCCCGCCUUUCUUCGCGACACUCCCGCCCCCUCAGCCUUAGAUAAACGUGCCUUAACGCGCGCGGACACACCCAUCCCAUCUCCGAGGGUAGCCACGCCCAUUCGUGCUUCCCCUGCCGUCCUCGCGCCCAUCCCCGAAGACGGCAUGCCAAUGCUUCUGUCGCACUGUGGCCUCCUCCCCGGGGCCGAGGAGGAAAUCGCUUCAUCUAUCUCCCGCGCCUUCCUGCCUGUGACGCAAGUCCGCAGCCCGCCCUCGACACCGGUCCGUAUCAAGACGGAGCCUUCAGCAGGGCCCUCCAGGCUCCCCACCACGCCCGUGAGGGUCAUGAAUGGGGCUGGUCAUUCAACGAUCACCCCGGAGUUUCAUCAAGGCAACCGUACUCCAAGGAAGAACUCGCCGAGCAAAGGCGGGGUUCCUCCCACAGAGUGGACCUUUAACUGGUAUGACUCUUUGUCCGGGGAAGCCCUCUCCGAGCCGCCCGACUUCGUGCCGAAGGGCCCGAUCGGCCGCCUAUGUAUCGGUGACAUUUAUUAUCACCGCACUCCAUACGGCUGUCAGCUCUGGCUCAGAGUUGCGGACAGCUACGACGAGCCGCCCUACUGGCUUCCUGUCAGCUGCGGGUACGAGCGCGCGGACGGCAAGUUUCUGAUCCUCACCAGGGUCCACAAGCUCCCGUCGUGGGUCGUGGAAAGCACCUACCGGCAGUGGAAGAUCGCCGUGAAGAAAGACAUGGAGCGCGCCGACGGCAAGGAGGAGCAGGAUGCCUGA